AUGACCGCCCUACGAGUCGAAGCAUCCACCUCAGACGUAGGUCACCGGCGCGAAUCAGGCCCCACCCUCCGCGACAUCCUCCAAACCGCCGCGGCAAACGACACCGUCCCUCCCGAAACCACCUCCAUCCUCGAAAUCCGCGGGGACAUGCCCUGCAACGAGGAAUGGGAAAUCCUAAGCCAACAUUUCCCAGCAGUGCGGUACCUUUCCGUGGCGGCUGGGUUUGAGGAGCGGUGGACGGAUGGGAAGUUCCCGCUGAAUUGGCCGUUAGAGUUGUUGGUGGUUAGUGAUGCGGGGGCGGAGAGGGUGGCGACGCCGGCGAUUUUGGAGGGGAGGGUGAGGAAUUUGGUGUUGUGUUAUACGUGUGGGUUGAGGUUUGAGGGGCCGAGUACGAAGGAGUUGAUGAAGGAUGCGGAGAAUAUUGGGACGAUUCCGAGGAGGAGGUCGGACGCAUCUGCGGCGUCAAAGGCUGGGAACGAGAAUGAUGUGGACAAGGACGACGGUUCGCAAAACAGCGAGACCAAAGAAGGUGACGCCGCUGCUGAGACGCCCUCCUCCUCAGAAGAGGAAGAACAAGACGGCGGUAUCAAAAUCACUUCGGUCCCCCACGAAUGGUCGAAAUACCUCAACACCAAAUACGAAGGCAAAUCCAUCAGCUUCCCGCGCGACCCACCCCCCGGCGCGCCCCCAUCGCAAAUGACCUCCCUCUCUGUCCUCGGCAACGACUGCCUCGAAACCUUUACGGCGAUGGCCAUGGCCCAUCCCCACCUGCUGCACGGGUUGCAGUCUCUCACGCUCUACGCGGCUAGUCAGUGGGAUUUGCUGCAUGUGCCGACGGUGAUUUUUCCAGCGGCGCUACAGAGCUUGGACGGGCUGAAGGAGUUGAAGUUGACCUUGGGGAGUGCGAUGCAUGCGAGGUUGGUACCAGGAAACGGCAACUAUUUACACUGGAUGCUCCCACCCGGGCUGGAGAAACUGUCGAUUCAGGGGCCCGUGUCCAUGAUUCCUCAGCUGAAUGCCUUGGCCAAUGCGUUUGAGUCGGCCGAGUUUCUGCCCAACCUGAAAAGCAUCAGUCUGGUGUUGGAUUUGCCAGAGAGCAAAGACCCCCUGGAGAAUGAUGACGGAGAAGACGAAGCGGAAAACAAGAAGGAGAAGCAAUUUGCGGAACAGCUGGCCGAGGCCCACGCGGCGUGCAAGAAGGUGCUAGAUGUGGCUGUGGCAAAGAGGGGUGCGGUGGUUGAGGGGCAUGAGCAGCCGUGGUCAGAGCUGUUUCCGGCGUUGUUUAAGAAGGUGGAUAAGAGGUGGUUGGAGUUGGAUGGCGAGAAGAAAGAGUAA